AAUGUUGUGUCCGGAUAAAUGGAGAGCAUAGAUCUCUGUGGAGGAGAUGGCGGGAGCAUUUGGGGUAGAAAACCAACGCCCAGAGAGAAGGAUGGGUUUCUAUUGAGUAUCAGGAACACGAGAAUUGGUCUGACUGCUGCUGGCCGCCAUGUACCCUUUACCAGGGUGACAUUUGGUUGUCAUGGCAACUGGUUCAUAGCAACCGAUCAACUCGGCGUAAUAUAUUCUUUUGAUGUUUACAGAAACAAAUAUCAGGUUGUGUAUCGGUUGGGAAAAACUUGUACGGCACUUCUGAUAAGCCACACCUACUCUAAUGAGCUUUUUGUAGCAACUAACAAUUUAAAUGUGCACUGUAUAAAUAUCGGUUCUCGUCAAUUGAUAACUACGUUUGGUCCCCAUGAAGCGUCAAUAAAGUCCCUCUCAUUGCCUCAGAGUGGUCAGUAUCUGUUAGUAGUGACAGCCUGUGACUCUGUCCUAUGGGAUAUCAAUACUGGCAUAAGACGCAAGACUUUGUGUGGAGGUGAAAGUGUUGGGGUGCAAGAUGUGUUCUUCCUGCCACUGACUAACAGUAUCAUAACUUGUUUCAAAGAUGACUCCAUUCACGUGUGGGACACUAGUACACUUGAUUAUAAAUACAACCUUCCACUUCCGUCCGGCCCUCCUCCUCAUUACAGAGCAUUCGCUACCACACAAGAUG